AACAUGGAGGGAAACUUCCAGGUGUGCAGGAACUGCAAAAGAAGCGUGGCCCCUGGCCACUUGGCCCUCCAUGAGGCCCACUGUCUGCUGUUCCUGGUCCGCUGUCCAGAGUGCAAGGAACCCGUCCUGCAGGAUAAGAUGGAAGAGCACCGCCAGGGCGGGCACCAGCAGGUGGGGUGUGCCAUGUGUCAGCAGAGCCUGCCGAAGCACUUGCUGGAGAUUCACGAGGCCAAGGAAUGCCAGGAGCGCCCCGUCGAGUGUCAGUUCUGUGAGCUGGCCGUGCGCCUCAACAAGGUGGACAUCCACAAGCACCACUGCGGCAGGCGGACGGAGGUCUGCCCAGGCUGCGGCCAGCGCUUCGUGCUCCACAUGCUGGCCCGGCACAGAGAUGAGUGCUGGGGUGAGCAGACCCGGCGCCAGAAAGGGAAGAGAAUUCCAGCUCCUGAAAGCAACAUCUGCUGUCAUUAUUGCAACCAAAUGAUCCCAGGAAAUAAGUAUUUCCACCAUGUGGACAGAUGCCGUCCAAUCUCAGAUUCUGUGACAUAUUCUCCAGUUGGGAAACCAGAUAUUCCUCCUUCAUCCCUUUCAAGUCAGGCUGCUGAAGAUCAAACUUCCACAGCAGAGAAAGACGUCCGUCCAAAGAUGAAAAAUACAAGCAGAUUUCCCCUUCUUUCUGAAAAGUCAACACGGCAAGCACCAAGAGGCACAAACAAAACCACGGAUCUGCCUUUGAAGUCUGAUGGCAAGCUCAGGGCCUCCUCUCCUGUAGAAGACGAGACAGCCUAUGACAUUCUGAGGAGGUGUUCUCAGUGUGGCAUCCUACUUCCCCUGCCAACCCUAACCCAACAUCAGGUACCCAGCCUCCAUUCUCUCCUUAUCUGGCUGGGAGCCAUCUGGACAGUGUUUAGAGAAACCCAAGACCUGCAGGAUAUUCUCAGACAUCUUUAUCUCCCCUUUCUCUGUGUGUCCAAAUCCAUUCUCAUAGCACCUAUCACCUGGUAAUAUAUGUGCAUCAUCUCCCACCUCAGAAGGCAGAGCCAGAUCUUUCAUCUCUGUAUCUCCAGUUCCCAGCCCAGGGAAUGACCACAGCAAAUGCCCCAAAACGGUGGAGCAAACAAAUGAACAGAGCACACCCAAUCUAGCUCUGUAGCUCAUGGUGUAGAUAAGGCAAUCCAGGCCCAGAGAUCAGAGCCUUGGUCAAGAUACUAAGUCAGUUGGUAUCUUGCCUCCAGCAGAUCAGGAUUUGCAGCCUCAAUAGCCUGAUUUGUUACAUCCUAGAUUAUUUUCCAAUAAUAAUAAGAAUUAGUAUUAGAGGUAGUUAACCAUUAUGUACCAGUUACAAUGCAAAGCUCUUUACAAAUGGUUAAUCAUUAUAAAAAACAUGCAGGUAUUUUAUCCCUAUCUUACAGAUAAGGAAACUAGACAGAAAGGUGAGUAGCUUCCCCAGGAUUAUACAACUAGAGAGUGGCAGAAUCCAGCCUAAAAUACAUGUGUAUAUAGUUCCAAAGCUUAUGCUUUUAAGCCCCAAACAGGAUGCCUCACUCAAAAAAAAAAAAAAAAAGCUUUCAUUAUUUGAUGUUUUUCAAAAUACAAAAGUACUAGAUACUACUAAAUACUAGGUUUUGUUGUAACCAGUUGACAUGAUACCAUACAAACAAAUAUAAAGAUAAAGCUCAUCCUCCCCGACACCCACCCCACUUCCCCAGUCCCACGCCCUGAGAUACUAGUUUCAGAAUCCUGGUGGGUAUCCUUCCAAAGCUUUACCUCUGUUCACACAAACAUGAACAAGCCUCUGUGGGGUUUGAAUUGUUUUUUCUUUUCCCCUAUGUAUCAUCUUCCUAUAUUCAUUACUCUGCCAUUUGCCUUUUUCACUGAAU